CCACCCAAACGACACAAAGGUCGAAGCGUUCUCACGCCAAAUGCAGUUGAAUGCAUUGAUAUUGCAAAAACUUUCAAAGAGAGUAUUUAUAUCGCUGAGAGCUCUAACAGACUUGAAGACUAUACAAAAGUUUUCCUUGAUCAAAUCAGUGACUUAGGCGUCACUGAGUUCCUUGCAUUUUUUUCGACCGACUAGAGAAGUGUAGCAAAACAAAAAAAAAAGACGAUACGGAAAUGCACCAAUCAGGACACCCGCUUUUGAAAUUCAGCCAUCAGCGUCAAAAAUCCAUUGCAAUUAAGUACACAAUAAGUAAAUCUCUUUUAGUCUCUUGCCUUGGAGUUGAUUAUGUGAAAGUUAUAAAAGGGGCAUCGAACGGUAAUGAGCUUCUGCUCGUAUUUGAGCAGAUCGUUGAAACAUCAAGGCCAGAUGGUUUUGUCCUGCUUGAAAGGGGCGACACAUUUCUU